GUCCGUUUUAAGAGUUGAAAGAAUAGAACCUAAUAAUUAUUGAAGGAUGAAGUUCUUGGGACUUUUUUUAAUUGGGAUCCUUUCUUUAUCGAGUAUUUUGGGUGAACAGGAAGGCUGUUACGUCGGAGCUAAGGGAAGUCUACAUUUUCCAACUAAUUUUAGUUUUGGCGUUGCAACUUCAGCUUAUCAAAUUGAAGGCGGCUGGAAUGCAGAUGGAAAAGGAGUAUCAAUUUGGGAUGAAUUCACUCAUAACAAACCUCACCAAAUAACUGAUGGAUCCAAUGGAGAUUUAGCUGAUGACUCUUAUCACCGGUUUGACGACGAUUUGAAACUUCUAAAGGAUCUUAAGGUUGGUCAUUAUCGUUUCUCAAUUUCUUGGUCAAGAAUUUUCCCUAACGGUGAUGUUUCCUUCAAAAAUCAAGCUGGAGUUGACUAUUACAACGAUGUUAUUGAUAAGCUUCUUGCUAAUGGAAUAACACCUUUGGUCACUAUUCACCACAGCAAUACGCCAUUAGAAAUUCAGAAAAGAGGAGGUUUUACCAGCUCGAUGAUUAUUGACUAUUUUGUAGAUUUUGCAACAGAAUUAUUCGAAAUGUUCGGUGAUAGAGUUAAAAAUUGGAUAACUUUCAACGAACCUUGGACCAUCUGUAAUCUUGGUUAUGGUAUCGCGGUAAUUCCGCCACUUUUCAAUGAUUCUGGAUUGGGAGAUUAUGUUUGUAUACAUAACGUCCUAAUGGCACAUGGAGCCACUUACCGUGUUUAUAAGGAAAAGUUCUUCCAAAAACAAGGUGGUAAAGUGGGAAUUGCUCUUGAUACUAACUAUUUCAAUUCGACGAAUUCUUCUGACACCGUUACUUUUGAGCGUGCAAUGCAAUUUAAUAUUGGUUACUUGGCACAUCCAAUUUUCAGUAAAGACGGUGGUUACCCCCCAGUAAUGGUGAACGAUAUAGCAAGAAACAGUUUGGAAGAGGGUAGAUUUAGGUCACGAUUGCCAACUUUCGAUAGAGAAUGGAGAGAUAUUAUCAAGGGUUCAGCUGAUUUCUUAGGUCUCAAUUACUAUCGAUCGAAUCCUUUAAGGAAAGCCUCUGGUCCAGUUGGUACAAGUCCCUCAUUUGAACGAGAUCUUAAUGUCGAGAGUGUUCUUGAUUUGUACACAUGUAAUCCAGAAGGUCUAGAGGGUGUUUUGCAUUGGCUUCGAAAAGAGUACAAUAAUCCUCCAAUGAUAAUUACAGAAAAUGGUUGGCGUGAUGAUUAUGGGAAAAUUGAAGAUGAUGACCGAAUUGAUUUCUUAAAGAGUCAUUUACAAGCUGUUCUGAAUGCAGUAAAUGAUGGAUGCAAUGUUUACGGUUAUACUCAUUGGAGUUUGAUUGAUAAUUUCGAAUGGGUUUUUGGGUUCACGAAUAAAUUUGGACUUUAUGCAGUUAAUAGGACAAGUCCUACAUUGGAGAGGUACCCGAAAAAGUCAGCUCACUUCUAUAAGAUGGUUAUAAGUUCAAGAGUAUCACCGAACGGAAUUAUUGUUUAA